AAAGAUGGUGGCAGCGCGUGAGCCGUGUGCCGUAUCGUCACGCGAAAAAUGUCUAGUAAAAUGAAGUGGAAACGGAGAAGGUUCGCGAUCUCUCAGAAAAAUUCGAAUGUUACAGAGACAUAGUGUCCGGAUCGACCGUAGAGACGAUAAUAAUAGUGUACAUAGUGCUUUUUCCCCUAUAUUUUUCCCGGGAGCGGAUAGCAGCCGCAAAAAGAGGAUAAUUUGGCUCCAGAGUUCACCGUAAGAUAAAAAAUAAGGAAAAAUGGUUGUCGGCGAGGCGAGCAUACACAAUAUAAUGGGAGGUAUGGAGAGCACGGGCGGGGUGCGUCUUCACAAUCACAAACGGAAAUUGAAGCAGAGGUUCGACAUCAUCAAGAAGCUCGGUCAAGGUACUUACGGGAAAGUUCAGUUAGGCAUAAACAAGGAAACGGGUCAAGAAGUGGCGAUAAAGACCAUUAAAAAGUGUAAAAUAGAAACGGAGGCCGAUCUGGUUAGGAUACGAAGAGAAAUUCAAAUAAUGUCGAGCGUGCAACAUCCGAACAUUAUCCACAUCUACGAAGUGUUCGAAAACAGAGAGAAAAUGGUCCUGGUGAUGGAGUACGCGGCCGGGGGCGAACUGUACGACUACUUGAGCAAGCAAAAGGUCCUCGCGGAGCACGAGGCUCGCCGAAUAUUCCGACAGAUAGCAACCGCGGUCUUCUAUUGUCACAAGCAUAAAAUAUGCCACAGGGACUUGAAGCUCGAGAACAUUCUCCUGGACAAAGCGGGGAACGCGAAAAUUGCCGACUUUGGCCUGUCGAACGUGUUCGACGAGCAGAGGUUGUUGAACACGUUCUGUGGCAGCCCGUUGUACGCCAGUCCGGAGAUCGUCAAGGGUACCCCUUAUCACGGGCCAGAGGUCGACUGUUGGAGCUUGGGCGUUCUUCUCUACACGUUGGUUUACGGUGCCAUGCCCUUCGAUGGGUCUAACUUUAAGAGACUAGUCAAACAAAUAUCGCAAUCCGAUUACUACGAACCAAAAAAUCCAUCGCCCGCUUCUCCCCUGAUCGAAGAUAUGCUGACGGUAUGUCCCGGAAAACGGGCUGACAUCGAGAAAAUUUGCACUCAUUGGUGGGUAAACAAAGGUUACGAUCAGAAUUGUCUCGAUAUCGCCGAAGAAUUGGCGGCGCAAACACCCGUAAGGCUGGAUCUCUUGCUUUCCUUGGUACCUCCGUCCGCCAGUGCGGAAAAACUGGUGGUAGGCGAUCAGCAACCAGCCGGGGAUGUCGCGAAUAACGUGUCUUCCGAAGCUAUAGUGCCCACCAGAUGCCAUUCUGUCGGCAGUUUGAUGGAAUUGGAUCAAAAUAAUUCCGAUAGGAGGAUAAGGGAACUGCUGGAGGAGGAACCGAGGGCUGCAGCGACCGGAGACGCGAAAAGAAAGUUGGAGACGACGCCGUCGAUGGACGAAACGGCCGCCGCCGGCGUCAAGCGGAAAGAACGAUCGAGGAAGAAAGAUAGGACGGAGGAGAGAGAACCGAGAGCGUAUAGAUCCUCGUCUAGGCAUCAUUCGGCGCCGAUUCCAAAUUCGAUCACGGAGGAAGCUAUGGAAGUUGAUCCCGUCGCGGUCGUAACGGUUCCUGCGAGCGAGAUCGAUAAAGUCGAGUCCACGGCGGCUUGCUUAGAACUGAUCAAGGAAUGCAACGAAAGGUCGCCGAGCAAGGAACGAAGCAAGACGCCUGUAACGAUGCAAAGCCAAGACCGACAAGUUAUUGUCGACGCGGCCAUGGAGAACCUUAAAAAAGACUACGGUGACAACGAACGCGACACAAACCGUUCGCAGGAGGAGCACGCGAAAUCGUUCGACGAAGGCUUCCAGAAUCGAUCGUCGGAGUGUUCCGGAAACGUUACCACCGCCGACAAGUUGACGAACGACGCGACGCCCGACGAUCGUUCAAAUGCCGCGGCUACGGUCGCUUCGAGCUUCGAAACAACGAGAGAAGCUGCCGCGAGCGCGGACGAUCGUCGCGAGAGCGAACCGUUUGCCAACGAGGAAGCGAUCAAUUUGGAGGCGACCGAACGAGAUUCGAAGAAACCAUUCGAAAAGAGGCGCCGCUCGAAGAUAUUCGAAACCGCAGAAAAGUUCAAUCAAAUGGCUUCGAACGUUGAAAACGAGAAACCUAAAAAGAUCUUUAUUCCCGGAGUGAACGUGGGAGGAGCGAAACGUGUGUUCGAGAGGAAAGCCAGUCUUUCUUCCAUCGCCGCUCCUCCCCCCGCAAAGCCCACCGCGUCAAAGGUCAUAAUCGACGUGCCGACGGACAGGAACGAAAAAUCGAAGCAGACUCGUGAAACUCGAAACGAGGAAGAGAAGAAGAUGGAAGACGCGAAGAAACGGGCCGUCGAUAUAAUAAGCGGAGCGAUCGGAAAGCCGCCCUUGCAAAGGAGAGCGAGCGGAUCGCCACCGAUUUCUCCGUCCACUCACGAACCUAAGAAGCUACCGUUCAAGAUACCGGUUGGAACCAAUGAUCUGCGAACAGCUACGGUUUCCGUCUCCACGCCCGUCGAAACCAACUUUUCGUUCGAUGGCAAGUCGGUCGACGCGGCCAAGCAACCAGUGAUCUCCGCUUUUGUGACGGGCAACAGCAUCGAAAACAACAACAUCGACGACGACGACUCGCAGCCGGAAGAGCCCAAGAUGUCUAGCAAAAUGGAAAUUACCUUGAAGAGCGCUACGCUGCCAAGAUCGCGAAAGACGAGCAAAGCCGAGAUUUGUCUGUCGGGCGCGAAAUCGUCGGAACCUGUGGCGUUCAGAUCCGAGGUGGAAGCGAAGAUCGACGACGUGUUUCAGCCGCAAAAAUUGCGAACGCAAAGGUCGGAAAUAGCGUUUCCCGUUGCAGCUGCGGUACCGCAGGCGAAUCGAAGCGCGAGCUUGGAACCGGAAACGAGACCGAGAAAUGCUCCUCCGAAAGAGAGAAUAAUACCGAUUCAGAUGGAAGUAGAGAAUCGACAGCAUUCGUCAACGCCACUGCCACCGCCACCGCCACCGGCAAAACCACCGAUGCCUCAAAGAUUGGUUUCACAACGAUCGGGUUCGUUGUCUCGGCAAUCGACCGCCGACUCGGACACCGACAGCGCUCUAGGCUCGACGGUUGGCCCGGAACCCAUCAGAAAGAGUCCCAGAGAAUACAUAAUUCCCAUCGCCGUGGAAGGCGGUGGAUACGUUACUCCUAGGUCGGGUAGCGUCGAACCGGAGAACAAAGCCAGCACCCCUACCACCGCGAGCGCUCCGAGAUCUAGGUUUGCCAGACCUCGACGAAUGAGCUCUCUCCUAUCGGACGCCAGCGAGGACGAGUCCCCGUUCUCUACGUUGCACAGGGACAGCGAGGAUCUUCUACAGAGACACAUGCAUCGAUUGAGAAGCUCCCGACCCUCGAGGCAGCCGUCAGAACACGCGGAUAGUUUGUCUUCCGGCGAGGACGACGACGACGACGGAUUCGAAUUGCUCACGGCUGAGAAUCUCUUUUCCACGCUACUCUCCAGAGUACGAAGUUUGACGCAGAGACUGAACGUCGACGAUAAUCGAACCACCGGGUUCCCUAGUUCUCGACUUUUCGGAAGAUUAGCUUCCAAUCCGUCGCAACCUUUCUGGGGUCUCAAUAAACCGUUGUCGAGCUACCAGACAUAUGUCGAAACAAGGACCGUGACUACGCGAUUGACGGAGUCUCAAUUCAAGCAUUCUCUCAGCCGCGAUGGCGACGUAUUCUCUAGGAAAGAUUCCGUCAACUCGAAUCCUGGGACCCCAAACAGCUCAGCGUCGCAAGGAAAUUCGUCGAGAGAGACCGUGUUCGAUAUCGGCAGCAACACCUUACCGAGAGAUGAAAUAGAACACAAAGACGUAGAAGCGGAGCCGACACGAGUCGGAAGAGAGACACAGGAGUCGCUGGAGCAAAACUUUACGCCUAGCUUGGCUAGACGACUGAGCAGAACGUUCGCCGAGCAAACCGGACAACCGUUGCCGUACGAGAAGCGUUACCGUCGCUCCAUCGGCAAAGAGAAACCGAGUUUCCUGGACGCGUCCGAGAUCGCGGAUCGAUCCGAGUCCAGCGUGUCCGAUCAAACGGAGUACAAGGAGCGAUCUACCGAGAAACCCAUUCGAAGGAGCAAUAGUCUGUUGGAGCGAACCAACGGAAACGAAUGUCGCGGAUUUUCGAGACGAAGCGUCGGUACGUUCGAGGACUACUACGACGACGACGACGACGACGACGGUGACGACGCGAGCAACGAAUUCGAAGAGUCGUCGUCGUCGAUGACGUUCCCUAGACGCGCGACGAACCGCGACAGAAGAUACGAGGACGCGUCCGUCAAAUCUAUCGUAGAUAAACUUCGAAGAGAAAAGUUUCGGCCGUACAGAACGGAGAAGAUUCAAGAGGAGACCGUGCCCGAAGACGCGUUCGCUCGCUGGAAGACGGACGCGGACAACGCCGAAAACCCCGUGACAGACAACGGCUCCACCUCGGAGUGUACCUCCGUUUCGAACACGAAUUUGCUGGACGGGACGUCCAGCGUGUCGGCGAAAUCGUACGAAACCUCUCCAACCGAUUCCUCUUCCAACGUCGUCGACUACAGGUCGGCCUACGCCAAGUCGGACCUCUCGCGAAACUUUGAGAACAGGCUGCUAGCCGCCGAAAAUCUAAUCAAAGAGUCGAAGCUGAAGAACUUGGGUCCGAGCAAGUUCGAUCCGAAUUUGACCUCCAGUUACAGAGACACCGACAAGUGCGAGAAGCAGUCGUUGAUAGCGAUAGGCGAAACGGCGGCGGCUGGUUCCGCGAGCGUCGCGAAACGACGUAGCUGCAUACCCAGUCUUCGGUUGAGAUCCGGCUCUUUGACCAGAGAGCCGAGUUUGAGCUGCGAUCGUCGAAAAUCGUUCGCGAACUCGCAGGACGUUGGCGUCGCUCUCGGAGCGCGGCCCGUCAACUCGGACAAGUCGAUUUUGAGUAAACUGUUCAAGGCUGCCGCCGGAAGCCGCGAGAGCACCGAUUCCAGGGAGAAAGAGAAACCGCCGCAGAAAUCCAAGCAGCAUCGGAUAUCGCGAUUCCUGCGACCCGACUUUUUCGACACUCCCAGGGAGGAGAGUCGGUACGCGAAAGAGAAAGACGCGCAAAAGGCGGCGGAGAACGAACGACGAAAGUCACGAUUCAUAAAGAAGAAGAGCGAGAACGGAACGCAGGAGGGCGACGUCGAGCAACGAGAUAGGCAACCGAUCGAGCCGAAGAACAGCCUCGAAGAAUUUUCAAAGAAUCCUCCAGAGAAGAAACUCGUCGGGGAAAGGAACUCUGUGACGGGCGAGACGGACGCAACGAAAAUCGAGCGGCAAAGUUCGCGACACAGUUUUUUGCAUUCGUUGGAGAGAAAGCUAGAAAAACUGAGAUCGAACGAGGAGGCGGUGGCGACGACUACGACAGAGGCGCAAGCAAACGGCGGAAUAGUCGGCGAACCAUUGCGCGAACACUCGGCACCUCCUCCCGCCGAGUGCGCACCCGGCGAGCACGAGUCUGCCAAGAAGACCGUGAGCGCGGAGGAUUUGACCUCCGCGAAGAAGAAAACAGCUUCCAGUACCUCGAAGAGCAGAGUGUCGUCCGUGUUGGGGUUGUUCAAGAGCGCGGACGCGAAACAGCCCGCGGUGAACGGUGGCCGAGCGCAGAACGCGAUCCUGAACAGGCUAAAGAGGAGCCCUCCGAAGUGCGCGAAAGGAGGAGACGCGACGGUUGUCUCCGGCGAGGACGCGCUCUCGAUCAGCAGGAUACCGACCAAGCUGGUCAACGUUGACUCCAGGUCGGCCAAGAAACUCGCGGAAAAUAACAAAAUCGGGCACGAGACAUCCCCGAAACGAUCACCACCGAAGGAGAAACCGUCGAACGCGAAAGAGAGAAGAGCCUCCGGCGAGAAGGAGACCAAGAGAGCCUCGGUCACGACGGAGGCCAACGACGCUUCCGCGAACGGUGGAAAAGAGCCACAGACGGAAGAGGAUUCCGUCGCGGACGAGAAGCUCUCUAUGGCAAAGAAAAGUAGCCCGGUGGCGGAGAGCGACUCGCACGCGGAAUCGGCCAAGCGUGAAAGCCCCGAGAAAAAGAGCAAGAAACCGACGAAAGCAAAGGUGACAGUAGACAACGGCGACGCCGAUCCCGCCAAGAAGAAGAAUCUCGCGCGAACGGUGAAGAAGGUUGCGAAGAAGUCGCCCGACGGCUCCGACUGGAAACCGGUGAAACCGCGACCGGAAGCGAAGAGAAAGCCACGCGGCAACCUCGAGAACAGUCCCGAGCCGGGUGGAUCCAGCCUCACCGCGAACAACGUCAAACCGAAAGAAAACGUGCCCGUUAUCGACUCGCAAACGAUCGGAAGACCGUCCGAGGGAAAAUCGGCCAAGAAUUCGAAUUCGAAGCUCGACUCGAGGGAAGUCGAGGAAAACGCGAAACUCGUCGCUCGUAAAUCGUCGACGAGAAAGUCGAGCGUCGGGAAAUCCGGAGAGGAAACCGUCGCGCCGGUGGAAACGAAGAAUGGCCAGGAGUCGCAGCGAGCGAGCAGAAGCAACUUGAAGCUCGAUCUAUCGAAAAUACCUCAACACUCGUUCAGGAGUUCCACCAUGGCCAAGAAGGACUCGCCGAAAUCCGAAUCUCCGAAGUCUGCCGCGAAGGAACAGUUCCCCGACAAGCUGAUGGAUUGUCUCGCGAAAGUCACGCAUCGCGCAAACAUCUCCGGGAACAAGAUAAUCAUCGAGAAACCUCUGCGCGCGAAAGACGUCGCCGAAUUAAAGAGAGAGGUGACCGAAUGCGCGAGAAUCAUCGAGAGCCACGCCGAGUCCUCGAGCAACGACGACGUGGGGAAAGAUCGCGCUGGCAAGCCUGUAGACGAGCGGCUUAGUUCCGACUUGGCGGUGACCGCGAAAACUCGGAAAGAGUCGCCGAUAGACGAACCGAGCGAGCCGUUCUCUCCCGUCGACGAGCCCGAGAGCUUCGAUUCGUGGUCGAUCAGCUCGGCCGAGAUGAACCAUGCGAGGCCCGAGCUUCAAUCGCCGGCGACCUCCCCGACGCAGUCUCUGCUCGCGAGGGCCGACAACUCCGAGUCGGUGAUUGAUCGUAUCCGUCGACGAAGCUUCUACUCGAGAUUCAACGACCGGAGGCGACCGUCGCUGACGGUGCCUCCGCCUGGCCUCGGACUCUCGGCGAGCGCCGCCGCGUUGCCCCGCAAGUACAGUUUCUCCGGUCAUCGAGAUCGCGGCAAAUACGGGGCUGUCGGGUACGGGUUGGCUGCGAUACCGAAAACCAGACACAGCGACAGAAGUCACAGUUAUAGCUUGUUGGCCGACGACGGCCUCGUCGGUCGCGGAAGAUACGCUUCCUCUUCCCUCGACAGAUCGAGGUACAGCGACGCGACCGCUUCGGCACCGUAUAUCGCCGAUCCGAGAUCUCCGACCGACCAUCUUCCUCCCCUUUCCUCCUCGUACGAUCCGCUGAGAAGGUAUCUCGGCUCGCCGAGCUUCGAACUCUCGCCCUCCAGAAGCAGAUAUCACAGCGCCGACUUUGCCGUCGACACCGAUCGCGAUCCGGCGAGUUACGAACGAAGGAGCGCUCCUCUAUCUAGGUUGCUGAAACUGGACAACGCCGCGAUCGACGGCCACGCAAUCGGCCUCGGCUCCUCCACUUUGCCGCGAAAGUACGGAAGCAGUCUAUCGGAGCCGAAGACGGCCGAGUACUACGAGGAGCUUCUGACUCCUAUCGGCUCGGACUAUUUCCCGAUCGGAAGACGAUCGCCCGUCUCCGCGGACUACCCGAACAAAUGCGAAAACGGAUACUACAACGGAACAUCGGAGCUACGCUCGACCAACGCCGUCGCCGCGACCAAACGCGUACCUUGCGCGGAUAUAGCGUCCACCGUGGAGUUCGUCGAUCUGGACGAUCAACGUCGGUCCACGGAACGAACAAGAAGCAGAAGCAACAGCGACGUCACCACGGCGGAUCCUUUGCAACCGACCACUUGUACAGUCGAUCGUAGUUAAUUUCUUCGGUUACGAGUUACGAGUUGCGAUUGUCGUUGUUUUUCUUUCUUUUUUUUUUUUUUACCAUUGCUAUCACGCUAUAUUAUAAAAGAGUGUGUUUUACAAAAAUAGCUACGUAAAUUAUUCGAUUACUCGUAAUUACGUGUAUAUAGUAAGCGCGACGCAAACUCGACGCACGUUUCAUCUCCGUGCGCGCAUACUUCCCGUAUGGGUGCAACGGCGAGCCGCUGUGCGUGCAAGCCAGUUCCUCGUUUUCUCGUUAACGACAGCAAACGCGUUACUAGAACGAACGUGGCUUCGGUAUUUAUAGAAAUAUAAGUAAAGGUAUUGCCAGCUCGCGCCAACUAUCGAUCACGGAAUCCGAUAGCGCGGCGUCGCGGAGUUUCGAGUUUGCUCCCCUCUAAACUAUGCUCGAAAAAUUGUGCUUGUUCGCGGCGAUUCUCUCGCAACAACGAUAUUCUAUAUUCACCAAGAGACUUUCGGCAAUGUUCGUUAGAAAUCGCUCGAGAUGUUACACGGAUGUGUGGAAACCUCUGACUGAUCAGCCAUGGUCUUCCGCUUGUUAUGUAUGCGUUUUCUAUUCAUAUACGUAUUUUAAAAUAAACAUUAUCGAUACUC